CACAGCACAAUGCUAUUUAGGACCUGUGGCAAAAGAGUGAAGUGCAAAUAUUCGAAUGAAGGACCACGCAGGCGCUCUAAUAGGCUCGCGCGUGGUUGUUCGCAAAACGCAUACCAAUGCACCACUUCCGAAUUUUUUUCCAAUUUCAACUGUUCAAGACCUUUUUCCAAGUUUUGUACCACUAAAGGUAUCUCCCUAUUUGGGGCUAAAGCUGUCGGUCUGCGUGCGUCACUCACGUCCCACCUCUUCUUCUAUCACGCUCUAGUCGGGGAAUUUGACCUUCCAGAAGUCGCCACUGCUUUGGGACUUGUUGAUCAAGGCAAACAUGUUCAAGCUGAGCCCUUCAUACUAAGAGCUCUAGCAGUGUGUGAGAACUGUCUUGGAGAACACUCAGCCGAAUACGCUGAGCUUUCGUUUUUAAUGGCUUGCGUUAAAUUCCAUACCAACAAAAUCAAAGAUACGAUUUUUCUCUUGCGGCGUCUUGGUGAAAAGCACUUACAGGAUAAGAACGCCGAACGGCUAGAAAAAUGUAUAUUUAAUAUUUCUCUUUGUGCUUUGAAAGUUACAGAACCAAACGUAGCGCUCGUCGGCGACGCGCUGCAGUUUGUAGAAUCCGCUCAAACCGAGGCGGCCAUUUCGCCCGUUCUCCUUGAUUUGUGCUACUCGACUCAGCUGAAACUGCGGGCGCAUAAAUACUAUCUGGAAACGAUUGCAGGCAAGCACUCAGCUUCGAGUUCUACUCUGUUGGAAAUCUCUACGGUCAUAGAAAGCGCAACAGAAGCGUUGAAGGCGGUUGCGGAUAAACGGCCCGUGAAAGCAGAAUGGACUUUAACUUACGCGAGAUGGCUCUUGUUUUAUGAAAAAGAUGAGAAAUUGCUGAACGUGACAAAAGAGCUAUUUUUACACAUCCUUGCUACUCAAAAGGAGGCUUUGCAUCAGGAACUGCUCCAUGCGGAUGCAUUGCUGGGUUUAGGAGAGCUUGAGAUAAGAAGAAAGCAAUGGGAUUCUGCUGACGAGUAUUUGAGAAAGGUCCUCGAAAUUACAGACAAAUACAAAGAUCGAGACGCGUUACGCGUGAGGAAAAUUGUGGGACUAGAGGCGAUUGUCCAAUUUCGACAGGGCAGGUGGAUCUAUGCCGAGGGACUGCUGAGAAGGCUGAUCAAUCAGUACACAGAUGCGCCAGAUAGGAGACUGACGCAGUCUGAAGCAGAAUGUGUAAAGUACUAUUUCGAAUUGAUGAAGUCAAGAGGAGACGACGAAGUGACAAGACAGAGGUUGCAAUUGAACAAUGUCGUACCAGAUCCGCCUUUCGACGCAGAUGCAUUCAUUUGGAAAAAAUAGUUCUAGUGCCGUGUCGCUUUUCCGAGCUGAAAUACAUUAAAUGUCGAGUCGCGUGUGGCGUACAUUAAAAUAUGUGGUAUAGCGCGGGAUAGACAUGUGGCUCUGUGUUAUGACGAACGCUUGGAAGUGCUGCAGGUUCACCUGGCCGGUAAAGACUAGCCGAACAUUUGCCCGAAAAAUCGCGUCCACCACGCGUGAUGCGCGUUCAUUAGAUCUCAUGUAGUCGUCUCGCAGAAUAGCCGAUAGAGCGGCUUUGAAUAACUGGCGUUUUAGCUGUUCGCUCGAGCUUUUACGCGCUCUGUGACAGGUGACGCGACCACGUGCUGGAAUGUGUAGCUACUCACGACGCAGACGCCAUCAUUUACACGCCCGUACACCUCAACAGGGGAGAAACGAGUACAAUUUAUGUAUUGUGUUUCCUAAAUUUGAUCAAUAAAUGGAUGAACGACU